GCGGAGCACCGGGCGCCAGCGGCUCAGGCUCCGGCUCGGGCUGGGGCUGGGGCUCCAGCUCGGGCCCUGCACCUGCGAGUCGGCGGCGCUGCUCCUCCGCUGCCCCCAUGGCCCCGUCCCGGCGGCAGCUCGGCCUCCGCGCCGCCUACUCCGGCUUCGGUUCGGUGUCCGGCUUCUCCAUCUUCUUCGUCUGGACGCUGGUCUACCGCCAGCCGGGCACUGCGGCAAUGGGGGGUCUCGCAGGUGUCCUGGCUCUGUGGGUGUUGGUGACUCACGUGAUGUGCAUGCAGGAUUACUGGAGGACCUGGCUCAAGGGGCUGCGGGGCUUCUUCUUCGUGGGUGUCCUCUUCUCGGCCGUGUCCGUCUCCGCCUUCUGCACCUUCCUGACGUUGGCCAUCACCCAGCACCAGAGUCUCAAAGACCCGACCAGCUACUACCUCUCCUGCGUCUGGAGCUUCAUCUCCUUCAAGUGGGCCUUCCUACUCAGCCUCUACGCCCACCGCUACCGGGCUGACUUCGCAGACAUCAGCAUCCUCAGCGAUUUCUGACCCCGGGGAUGAGGUCACUACGGCCUGGGGGUCCUCAGGACCUGUCACCAAGUGAGCCUGCCCCAGUCCCUGGGGCCUCCAGAACCUUGGCAGAGUAUAUACAGCAGGGCCAGUUCACUUUCCCAGAAAGCUGUCUGGUCCCCUUUCUGGGGGAGACAUAAGGGUACUACCAGUCUGUCCAUUAGCCUGACUAGAGGGCAGCUUAGAGCUUUCCAAAUGGAUCUAUUUUCUUAGCACUCUGAGGAAUCUUUGUAAGUAGGGUCAUUACAAUGAGCUCCAGGCAUCAGGGGGCAGGAUUGUGAGGUCUGGACCUGUGGCUAGUGGCAGAGGCCACGACAGGCUUCCUUGUUGCCCCAGACUUCAUUGAAGCUGGGGGUGGAGCACCUGGGAAGGCUGGGUCAGGUAAGGAAUCUCUCGUAGAGAUCUCCAAAUCCCAUCCCAGCUCUCCCACCCUAUUGUCCUCAAGGGUCAGGUGGCCAAAUUCAUGAGUCUCUGGGGAAUGGACAACUGGCUCUUUGCCCAAGCAGCAGAGCUGAGCAGAAUCCAGUGUGUCGUCCUACCUCCCCAUGCAAAAUCUGUUUCCCAAGAGGGUGCUAGAGCCGGGCAACCAUUCCUGUGUAUCACACACGCACACGUGACCACGUAGACCAGAGGCUAGACUUGAGGACCACAGGAAACACGCCCUGGAAGGGCUUUGGGAUAGGGGGUAACCUGGGGGGCUAGAGGGAACUCUCCAUCUAUACUCCUGGUCUUCGUACUCCACCUGCCCCCCAAUGCACAAGACCUCCCUGACCACAGGGACCUUCUCCCUGCACCAGACCCCUGUUUUGACUUUUCAUCGUCUCUCUCCCGAAGAAACUCUUUUGAGUGGACAUGGGCCCAAAGCCUUACCUAAGCAGAGAGGGAGGGCAGGGGCUGCCACAUCCAGCCUUUUAGGCUGUCAUUUUGCACGUCUACUUCCCCACCUGGGUCCUGCCUUACCCGUGUCACUGUCACUUUAGCAGAAAUACAGCGGCCAUUUUUAUCA